ACCAAUUUAUAUACAAAUCAAUGUUUAUCCCAUUUUCCCAUGAUAUUGCCACCUACUACAUGUUGCUGUAAUUUUUUAUUUUGUUUUUCCAAUCUUGGUUUGGUUGAAAGUUUUAAUCUUUUCAUGAUUCAUUUGCAAGUUUAGUGUUUGAAUCAAUGCUUCUAAGAAAAGGUUCUUUUGAAUAGGUAUUGUUUCUUGUCAUUGGAUGCUUGAAUUUCUGAACUCAUUUGACAGCAAUCAUGCAUUAUAAUUCAAGACCUUGUGUCAAUUUGUGGUUUCUAUUAGAAUUAAUGAUUCAAGAUUGCUAACGCAUCCGCAUGUAACGAAUUCAUUAAGUGUAUUCAAUUUUGCUUGGAGAGUAGAGAAGUAUAGGAGCUAAAUUAUUUCAGAUGGGACAUUCUGCAGCUGUGUGGGACUUUAGAGCAGCAACUGAAAUUACAAAGGACCAGAAUGGAAUUGGUCAAGUUGUACUUCGGACUCCACAAGGCGCUUCAGCACAGAUAAGCUUACAGGGAGCACAGGUCACUUCAUGGCGCAAGGAGCACGGGGAAGAACUUUUAUUCACAAGUAGCAAGACAAUUUCGAAGGCGCUGAAAGCAACACGGGGAGGAAUUCCUAUUUGUUUUCCACAAUUUGGAAACUGUGGAUCGAUGGAGCUGCAUGGAUUUGCAAAAAAUAAAAUAUGGGCAAUUGAUGAGAAUCCUCCUCCACUGCCUGCAAAUGAUUCCAAUGGGAAAUCCUUUGUAGACCUGCUACUCAAAUCAUCAUCUGAAGAAGAAAAGAAAUGGUGGCCACAUAGUUUUGAGUUCCGCCUUCGAGUGUCUCUUACAACAGGCGGAGACCUAAAUCUGAUAUCACGAGUCAGGAAUAUCAAUGGCAAGCCAUUUAGUUUCUCAUUCGCAUACCACACACACUUUUUGGUUUCUGACAUUAGUGAGAUAAGGAUUGAAGGUCUUGAGACACUUGAUUACCUGGACAACCUUUUUCAAAAAGAACGAUUUACAGAACAAGGAGAUGCGAUAACAUUUGAAUCCGAGGUGGAUCGUGUUUAUCUUAGCUCUCCAAAUAUAAUUGCAGUUAUCGAUCAUGAGAAGAAACAAACAUAUAUUAUAAAAAAGGAAGGUCUCCCUGAUAUUGCUGUGUGGAAUCCGUGGGAGAAGAAAUCGAAAUCAAUGGUGGACCUUGGCGAUGAGGAGUACAAACAGAUGCUUUGUGUAGAUGCGGCGGUUACAGAGAAACCUGUGAACUUGAAGCCUGGAGAGGAAUGGACAGGGCGGCUUCAACUCUCGGUUGUGCCAUCAAGUUUUUGUAGUGACCGUCUCGGUCUCGACAGAAGUGGUCUUUGAGAGAAACUUCUCAGUCUAUACUUUUUGUUGGAUGAGGAAUCAAAUCUCAUCGAGGCUGCUGAUUUAACAUUUUCCCACAAACUAAAGAAUCUUCUGGACGCUAAUAAUUGCUUCAAAGAGGAAAGAGGCAGAGCUUUCAGUGUUCGUCAUUAUGCAGAGGAGGUUAUUUUCUGACCACUAUUUAAGAAAUUCUGGAAUUUAGUUGUUGCAAACAUAGUUAAAAGACAAUUUUUUUUAGUAAAAACAAGAAACAUGUUCAAAAUAAUAAGUUCAUAUGUUGUAUACAAACCUCAAUAAUGCAAGUCAUAAAUUAAAAUAAAAAAUAGUUAUCGACUAUAAAGUCGAAAAGAAAAUGUGUCUGACUACAGAAAUUUCUAGAAAUUUUUUUGGAUUAACAAUUUGAUUGUGAUUCAUGUCCAAACUGCAAAGUAGACUCACAAAAAGAUUUGAAAAUAUUGAGUUCAAUUUUGUUUUGAAUUGAAACAUGACUUGCAUGUAUCGUAAGACAUUGAUAAUCAUAGUCACUAAAAGCAAAAGGGAUAAUGUUUUAUGAUAGAACUCCUAACUCCUUAAAGGAAUCAAAUCAAAGGCUAUAUUUGAAAAUACACUAAACUCAAUAUGUAGAAGAACAUUGGGAUGUUCAUACAUAUAUGAUCUUAAGUGCAUGACUCACCAUGUCAAAAGUAUUAACUUAAUUUAUGAAGCCGUGACUCAAAAUCAGAAUAGUAACAACACACACCAAAAAAAAAAAAGAGAA